UUUCGAGUUGGUUCCUUCUCUCCGUCUCAAAGUCGAGGAGGAGUUUGGGUCGACUCGCAGGCAAUGGAUGUCCGACCGCAACGAAGAAAUGGAGUCAGUCGGCAAGAGGAAGUUUGAAUUCUCGCGAUCGUCCAAACGGGGUCUAUGAAGGAUGGAACCUCAGCGACGUCUCUAGCUCAAGUGGCAAUGGGACGAGGCAAGGGAUAAAUUGGAAACAGAAUCGUCUUCCUAAUUGUAGAAAGCUUGUCGAUGUCUGAGCUUAUCAUGGAGGGUUGAUUGGAAACAAAAUCGUUUUUGUUCGGCCGUAUUUCCCUCGAAGGCUCUAACAAGGAGGGGAUGCAAUAUAUACUCUAGAGAGUCUUGGAGGAACUCCCGGGUUGUCGGAAGCACGUUUAAUUUGGAGGUAACGAUCGGGCGGAGCCAAAAAACCAAAUUUACCAGGCGACCGAAUCAGAAGGAAAAAUAAAAAGGACUUUUCAAAGCCUUCGACCUUCGUUCCGCUGCUCUUGCUCCUGUCUUUCUUGUUGUCUCUGGCGCUCUUCCAUGGAAGCUCUCAUCUGCAGAGAACUUGGCGAUCCUACCCUCCCAAUCUCUGAUUCCUCUCCUCUUCGCCUCUCUAGCGACCACCCGAUUCCCGAACUCUCCUCCCCAACCUCCGUUAGGAUAAGGGUGAGGGCGACAAGCCUCAACUACGCCAAUUACCUCCAGAUUUUGGGUAAAUACCAAGAGAAGUUCCCGCUUCCCUUCAUCCCUGGUUCUGAUUACUCCGGUGUCGUCGAGUCCGUCGGUUCCGGCGUCCGAAAGUUCAAAGUCGGCGAUCGUGUCUGCUCGUUAGCUCUCGUGGGCAGUUUCGCGGCGCUCAUCGUCGCUGAAGAGCGAGAUCUGUAUUUGGUUCCUGAUGGUUGUGAUCUAGUUGCUGCAAGUGCACUUCCUGUUGCGUUUGGUACUUCACAUGUGGCACUUGUUCAUAGAGCCAACCUUACCGCAGGUCAGGUUUUACUUGUCCUUGGUGCUGCUGGUGGUGUGGGUCUGUCAGCUGUUCAGAUAGGAAAGGUCUGUGGGGCUACCGUCAUUGCAGUAGCAAGAGGGCCCGACAAGGUGCAGUUUCUCAAGAGAUUGGGUGCUGAUCAUGUCAUAGACACUAAUAGUGAGAGCAUAAUAGAAAGUGCGAGAAGAUUCCUGAAGGGUAGAAGACUUAAAGGCAUUGAUGUUCUGUAUGAUCCUGUUGGUGGCAAACCUCUGAAAGAAAGCUUGAAGCUUUUGAACUGGGGAGCAAAAAUUUUGGUUAUUGGAUUUGCCAGUGGGGAAGUACCUGUGAUCCCAGCGAAUAUUGCACUUGUCAAGAACUGGACAAUACAUGGGCUGUACUGGGGAAGCUAUAACAUUCAUCAACCAGGAGUUCUCAGAGAAUCCCUCUAUGAGCUGCUUUCUUGGCUUGCUAAGGGCAUGAUAGGGGUGCACAUUUCUCAUAGUUUUCGACUUUCAGAGGCCAAUCUUGCAUUUUCUGCCAUCAAAGAGAGGAAAGCGAUCGGAAAGGUCAUAAUCAAGUUCGAUGAUGUGACCACCAUGAAAUCCAGACUUUGAUGCCUAAAGUAAAUCCACACCAAGCAUCAGGAGGCAAGUUUGUUAUCUUUUGAUAUUAGUCAAAUAAUGAUGUACUCUUAAGACUGGAUAAGUCUCCUGGUUGUUUCGCGACAGUAAAAGCUCAAAUUACAAGAAUUUAUUUCCGA